GUAAGAGGAGUAACCCUCACUUAUAUGAUCAACAAUAAAUCUAACCAAAAUUAAGCAAAUUCACAAGUCUUAUGUUUGUUCUUGCAGUUCGGCUUUUUGCAUAGAUAAAUAUGUUAGAAGACUUGCUGAGUGGGGUUGAAAAAAGUAGAUUUGUUCUUAUAACAGGUUGGUGAGGUCUAGAAGGGUAAUAAGGGGAGAGACUGCGGUAAAUUACGAGGACGAAUGCCACUAUUUUAUCGAAUUUCACGAAUGAGUCGAAAAACUCGAAUGUAUCCCUAAAUCGAUCCCUAUGCCUAACCUGAACCCGAAAUCGAUCCCUAUGCCUAACCUGAACCCUAAAUCUAUGCCUAACCUGAACCCUAAAUCUAUGCCUAACCUGAACCCGAAAGCGAUCCCUAUGCCUAACCUGAACCCUAAAUCGAUCCCUAUGCCUAACCUGAACCCUAAAUCGAUCCCUCAACCUAUCCUAAACCCUAAUUCACUGUACCAACUAUAAUAAACACCCAAAAGACACAGUGGCAUUCGUCCUCAGAUUUAGCCCAGAAGGUAAUCAGGUCAGCACAAUAUGACGAUAUCAAUAUGAAAUUAGUAAAACAAAGUAAGUUAGUAAGUUUUAGUAAGGUUAAACAUGAAAAUGGAACGCAACAAAACAACGAACGUGUCGGCAGGAAGCCUUCGUCAGCGAACAAAACAGAAUAAAAUUAAAAAAUAGCUCUUAGCUUAGAAGUAGUAUCAAAGAGGGUCAGGGCAGCAAAUGAAUUGUGACAGAAAGUAAGUGUGUGAGAGAUUAAAUAGGGAAGAGGGAAAGAAAAGAGGAGAAGUAAGUCCCUGCGAUAGGUUGAAACGUGGACCGUAGUGGAGGGGUGGAGCUAGGUUCAAGCUAUGAAAAGAGACAUGACAUUAAUACCAUGUGUUAGUGUGCCAUAUUUCAGGGUAAUCUUAUGUUCCAAAUUCAUCCAGCUGGGUGUAUUUGUGCUAGCCAUGAUCGCACAUAUUGAAAAGUCCGCCUUGCCCUGGUGGUCGCUACUAUUGAAGUGUUGGAGACAGGACACUGUUUAUCUUGCGUAAUGUUACGGAGGUGUUCGGUACACCUGUCAGAGACUCGGCACCCUGUCUCCCGCGUUCUAAUGUAUGCCAUUGUCUGCACCCGCUGUCAGAUGUCGUACAUAGGGGAGACAGGGCGCCAACUCUCUGACAGGUGCACGGAACACCUCCUUAACAUUACGCAAGAUAAACAGUGUCCCGUCUCCAAACAUAUACUCAUACACAUUGAGUUUGAGUUGUAAUUUACUUGUCAACAAUUACUACAUUGAGUUGUAAUUUACUUGUAAGCAUUUACUCAAGUCCAGUCUACUCUAUUGUUACUGCUUGUUAUCCCACUUCAAAAAAGUAAUUUAAUUGGCGUUUUAGGUUUUAAAUCUGGUAAAACCAUGUAAGUAAAAUUGGUUUUCUUGAGAGUGUCACCCUAAGUCCUAAGACUUACUCAGGAUAGGCAAUACUAUAAACAAAGAAAAUAAAAAUAAUAGGGCUCCUUGUUGAAAGUUGUUGGGUUGGAGAUAAUUUUACUGUUACUGGUUCUGAAUAUUUGGUUUUGAUAUUCAAAUCACCAGGCUCUACAUCUAAAUCUAAACAUAUUUUUUGCCUAUCUAAAAUAGCUUUACUAGUCUAAUAGGAAUAACUUUUGUUGUUAAGGGACAUUCAAAACUAUUGAUCACUGUAACAAAAUGUAUUUAAAAAUCUGAGCGUAAAAACACAGUACGUCCUCCCAAAAAGAUUUGUCAUUUGAACAAGUGCAUUGGCUUAUGUUUAAAUUUCCACCUUCUCUUAUUAAACCAUCUAUAGUGGGGUUACAGUGAAUAAUUUUCUCUUUUUUUCUUUUCUCUAGAUGCAGCUGAAUCCUGUGGAAGACAUUUCUUCAUGAACUGGGUCAUAAAUGUGGCUAAAAGGUCAGCUUCCAUCUUUUUGCCCUUGCUUAAUGUAUAAUUUAAGUCAAUUUUUAUUAUUAUUAUAUUUUAAAAAUAAAGAUAAUAAUUAAGAUUAUUGAAGUGAUAAUUAAAGACAUGUAACCAACGUUUGCUGUUGAUUGAUACAUUUGUUUUUAUUAUUGUAUUUUGCAGGUGUGAUAGAGUGGUGUUGGUUUGCUUUGAACGUGUGCCUGAGUUCUUUUUAAACUGGCUACCCCAAGAUCUUCAAGAGAAGUAACUUUUUAAGUAACAUGUUAAAAAUUAAAUUUUAAUUUACCUAAAUUAUGUAUAUACCGGUAUUAUUAUUAUGUUGAAGAUUACCCUAUUGUUAACAUUUUAUUGAGUUAUUGAAAAAGAAAUGGAAAUUAUUAUUUAUUGUGGCUUUCAUGCAGUGAAGUUGGUGUUGUAGGGGGGUGUCAUAAAUUUCUGAAAGAAAUGUGUUAGGUGAUGGUCAUUGAGAAAAAUUGUAUGACUGAUUAAUAUGAGAUCCUGUCAUUGUUUGUUAAAAUAUAUUUUAACAGAAUUAUUCCCAUUAAUGGAAAAAGCACAAUUCAUUAUCCCCUGAAGGAUGACACGAAAGAUCUGCUGUUUGAAGCCAUCUCAAAUGCCUUGUUGAAGACUCGUGGCCAGUCGGCAGUUCUAAUAGACUCUCUCACACUUCACAUGUUACUGAGACAGCCACCUUCAACAUGCAGUACUCUGCAUAAGCUGAGCACGUGUAAGAUUUAGUGCCAACGGUACCGUAUUAAAAAACUUACGAUUUAAAAAGAGGGUUUUGGAGCAAAGUUGGAGUUUGGAGCAUCGUGAUUUUGUUUGUUUUGAUGUAACUCUUUUUUUUUUGGUGAUAAUCCAUUGUUAUUUAAGAAUGGAUUCAUCCCAUCCUCUAUUACAGGCCUGCAUAACUUAAAAUGUAAGAAGGCGGGCCGCAAUACUUUAUGAAAUACUUGUGUGGGCCGAAAUAAAAAUAGGACAGGGGUAAAAGCUAUUAAGAAAAUAAUAAAAGAAUAUUUCUUUACUUCGCUGGCUGCAAAAUGAGUGCUGGCAGAUCGCAUGCGGCCCGCUGGCCGUAUGUUGGGCAGGCCUGCUCCAUUAUAACAAUGUAUGCUGUCGGUUUUCUUUACUUACAAUUCUGCCUGGUCCCUUAGACUUACCCAAAACAUUAAGGCCAACCUUGAUGUACAUUUACAGUGCAUGGUGUGACCCAAGUGGUGGCGGUAAUUCACAGGGAUGUUCAUGACACCCAUACAUGCAGUAUCGUUGGUUCUAUCGCCUCAAGUGUCAUUGAUAUUCAUUCAUUGUCAGGAUCUAGGCAUACAUGUAAAAUAAGGCACUGCAGGAUUACUGGGAAGGUGUUCAAAACGGUAUGAAUUCUCAUUCUGCGUUUAUGGUAAUGCUACAAAAGUGAUUUUGGUUUUUUUUUAAAGAAUUUUUCAGUGUAUGAGUAAUGGGCGAAGUUUGAUGUAUUAAUGGACAAAGUUUGAUGUAUGAAUGGGCGAAGUUUGGUGUAUCAUUGGGUAUUGGGUGAAGUUUGAUGUAUGAUUGGGCUUUAGUUGCUUUGGUUAGUCUUAAUCCCUGUGCAAGUAGCUGAGGUUUUAGUGUACAUUUCAAGUACUAGUCUCAUUGGCACAAUAUGAUUAUUUUAGGACUUUGAGAAGUUAAUAAUUCACAAUUAAUUUUGUCUCAAGUAAUUUUUGAUGUCUUUUGUAAAUUCCAGACAGAGAGGUUCUCAAUAGAUUACAAUUUUCACAUAAAAGACAUCGGACCACUGUUACCUCAUGAGAGACCUUCCCAAUCUCAACCAUUAGUUAAGGUUCUUAAAUAAUUUUUUUUUUUUUUAAAUGUGAAUUUUUUGUUCAGUGUUUGGAGUAUGUUUAGCUAAAAGAAAGCAGAUGUUCUUAAUAAUUUUUUUUUUACCGUUGAUCGUCAUUGAUAAUCUAUUGAAUCCUUGGAGGGUCUAUGAAAUCCAGAUUAAGAACCUUGAUUUGAGUCUUGUCAUUAUUUCUAUGACCAAAGAUGUAUUUAAUUGUUCAAGUGUUCAGACUUUGUUGAUUUGACAGAAAAUAAGUAAAUUAAAACGGGUAUUUAAAUUUUUAUUCACCAUUUCACAGAGUGACCCAAUGGCUCACCUCUCAUUUAACUUAUCCCUCACUGAGACAGAGAAGCAAGCAAGAAGUCAGGUCAAGCUGCCCUAUCUACUGGAUGAGUAAGUUCAUCGUUACUAUUAUCGUGUUACUUUUUUGGUUGUCCUUUGCAGGGAGGCCAUCAGUGGAGCCCACACAGCUGAUGCGAUACUAUUGUAGCAAAUUAAAAUAAAUUAAUGAAAAUUUACCAUAAAAAUUUACUGUUCCCACUGCUUGUGUAAGAAGUUUUUUUUUAAUUUUUUAGCAGUUUGCUCUUCUUUGCCUUUCCAUUAGAUUCGAAUAGAAUAUGAACUCUGGACAAUGAGAGUUGUCAGUCGGUGUUACAAUCGUCCUAAAUUAAACCCUCACUUGCCUGUCAUAAGCAAAAGUUGAUUUAUUUUAAUAUUUAAAUUAAUCAAAGUAUUGGUUGUUCUUUUAAGUUUCGUCUUUAAUUUUUUUUCAGCUCUGGUGAUAGUUCAAAUAAUGAGCAACCUUCCAAUGCCAGGAUUAUCUACCAUCCAGAUGAUGUUGAUGAUUUUGAUGAGGAGGAUCCAGACGAUGACCUAAAUAUUUAGAUAUUGUCAAUAAAUUAUCGAGCUAGAAAAAUGUCAUUUUGGUUUGAUCUUAUUUUUGUUUUAAAUUUAAAAGACAAAACGUUUCCUUUAAAAAUGGAUAAAAUAUGUGCCAAUUAAAGCUGGUCAAAAACCUCAGUGAAUAUUUCAUGUAAAAGAUGAGUGGAGAAAUCUGAAUGUCCCAAUCAAAAACAAUAAGGGACAUAACAUCAUACCGAACUAUUUUAUAUAAAAAGAUAUCAUAUCUUAUCUUAUGGGCCAAUAGUAAGAUUUGGGACAAGCGCAGGUCGAUUUUGCAUUCUUGACUUCUCCAAGGCCUGCCACACUGUUCCACACAGCCUUCUUCUACACAAGCUCCACGGCUACUGCAUUACCGGCAACCUUCACUCCUGGCUCUCAACAUUCCUAACACAAUGGACCAUGCAAGUAGUGGUAGAUGGUGUCCGAUCAGGCAAAGCCACCGUAGACUCAAGAGUUCCUCCAGGCACAGUGCUGGGCCCCGUUAUCUUUCUCUGUCAAAUAAACGACCUCCCUGAUGCUGUAAAAUCUCAAGUGAGGCUGUUUGCAGAUGUCUGUCUUGUCUACAGAGAGAUAAGCGGCGACUAUAACAACCACCACCAAGCAGAAUUGAAGUGUCUUAUGAAUUGGGCUGACAAAUGGGGCAUGAAAUUUUACGAAACCAAAUGCUACACAAUGAGCGUCUCGAGAAAAAAACCAUCAACCUAUAUGUACUCCCUAAGCAAGACAAGUAUCAAAUAAUCCAUACCUUGCAAUUCUUUUCUCGAAUAACCUAAAAUGGUCAACCAAUAUAUAAAAUUUUUAGAAAAGCCAACUCCACACUUGGUUUCAUUUGAAGAAAUCAGCGCUACUGCCCAACCUCCUGAUAACAAAAUGCAUAUCUCGCACUCGUCCGUCCGCUACUAGAAUAUGGUGUGAUCAUCUGGGACCCAUACCAAAAGCAAGACAUGGACAAGAUGUAGCAAGUCUAACGUGACGCAGUGCGCUUCAUCACACGUGACUACACUCCUGACUUCGUCAUUGGCCUCUUAAAAAGAUUUGACAUCCCCUCCCUUUUGACAUACGAGAAAAGUUGCCCCUAACAUUCUUAUAUAAAGUGGUCAUGGGGCUAGUGCGGCCAUCCCAGCAAACAGAAGCCAGGUCGCUUAAUGAGAGCCAAGCGCUCACCCGAACACUGACUUCACCUCUAAAGUCUAACAACCCCAUAAGCAAUUUCAUCUGGAACAGUAGCAAAUGUUUCACUGGGCCUCGGUGUAACACAGUGCAAUAUAAAUGAUCAUUCUUCCCACAAUCAAUAAUGGCUUGGAUCCACCUGGACAAUGCCGCCGUGGACUCGACAUCAAUCAAGAGAUUCAAGGCUGCCCUGGUAUCCGCUAGGAGCCGUUAGGAUAUCAGCAUCGCUUCCCCAACAGUUGCACAUAUGCCAGUACAUGGAUUUAGCAACAUACCCUACCAGAAGCCUAGGCCUAACAAUAAACAGAAUGCACUGAUAAAUGUUAGCCAGGUAGGCUUUUUAUUUAGCCUGCGGAUACUAAAUUGAUUACACUCAUUUUAAAAAAAAUUUGUUUAUUACUUUUCUUCUCCACUUUUUUUUAUAAGGCUUUGCUGAUUCAGACUGGUGCAAAGCAAGUCAUACAAAUAUGGCUCCACAGAUAAUAAACAUUGCUGAUCUUCU